CUCACUCUCUCACUCAAACUUUCACAUGAACUGUUCAACAUAUUCUGGAAAUUCUUGAAUUUUUCUUGACACUCACUUUAAGCUAAACCACUCAUGUAGAAUUUUUGUUUCCACUUUGGUGUAUAUAUCUUUGUCCUUCUCUGUUUGGAGUUUGAAGUUUCCAGAAAUGAUGGCAAAGUUCCCCACCAUGCUUUGCUCAUUCUUUUGUCUGCUACUCUUCUGCUUCAUUAACCCUUCUGCUUCACACCCUUUGUGUACAGACCUGAGAGCACCCACCACUGCAAAGAAGCCUCUGAGUUUCUGCCCAUACAAUGGGACUGUUUGCUGUGACUCUUCCAAAGAUUUGCAGCUGCAGAAGAAGUUUGCAGGCAUGAACAUUUCUGAUUCUGCUUGUGCUUCUGCUGUGAAAUCAAUCCUCUGUGCAGCUUGUGAUCAAUUUUCAGCAGAGUUGUUCAAGGUUAAGUCCGGGCCUAGACCGAUACCAGUUUUGUGCAACACAGGUUCUAAAUCAACCCCGUCUUUAUCAAGGCAGCAAGGCAAUGAUGAUAGCUUUUGUUCAUCUGUUUGGGAUGCCUGCGAAACCAUACCGAUACUCAACUCUCCCUUUGCUCCCUCUUUGCAAACCAAGGCGGGAGAGCCACAAAACUCCACCAUUUCCAAGCUAGCAGACCUCUGGCAAUCUAAAGAUGAUUUCUGUCAAGCAUUUGGGGGAAACAGCUCCUAUUGUUUCAGCGGCGAACCAGUUAAGCUGAACAGCAGCAGUGGUAGCUUUCCAGUCCCGAAUGGGAUUUGCCUCGAGAAGGUUGGCAGUGGAACCAAUUACCUCAACAUGGUCCCUCACCCCGAUGGAUCAAACCGGGCGUUUUUCUCUGAUCAGCCUGGCAAAAUUUGGCUGGCUACGAUACCCGAGCAGGACUCUGGACAGGCAAUGGGACUAGAUGAAUCAAGUCCAUUUGCUGACUUGACAGAUCAAGUUUAUCUGGAUGCUAAGUUUGGGAUGAUGGGAAUGGCUUUCCACCCCAAGUUUGCACAGAACGGGCGCUUCUUCGCAUCGUUCAACUGCGAUAAGUCCAAGUCCCCCGGCUGCGUCGGAAGGUGUGCCUGCAACUCAGAUGUUGGCUGUGAUCCUUCAAAGAUAGCCUCUCAGCCAUGCCAAUUUCAUACAGUUGUUGCAGAGUAUAGUGCUAAUGGAACAGCUCCAAAUCCUUCACUGGCAGAAAAAGCAAAGCCUUCAGAAAUGAGAAGAAUAUUCACACUGGGACUUCCAUAUGCAGACAGUCAUGGUGGACAAAUUCUUUUCGGGCCCGAGGAUGGAUACAUGUAUGUGAUGUUAGGCGAUGGCGGAAGCAAGGGUGAUCUAUACAACUUUGCUCAAAACAAAAAAUCUUUGCUGGGCAAAAUUCUGAGGCUUGAUGUAGAUAACAUACCAAGCGAACAACAAAUAUCUGAUCUUGGCCUCUGGGGAAACUAUUCCGUUCCUGAUGAUAAUCCUUACGUCGAGGAGAAGGAUGUGGCGCACGAAAUAUGGGCUCUUGGUCUCAGAAAUCCUUGGCGCUGCAGCUUUGAUGCAGAAAGGCCUAACUAUUUCCUCUGUGGAGAUGUUGGCCAGGAUCAAUACGAAGAAGUGGAUAUAAUUACAAAGGGAGGAAACUAUGGAUGGAGCAAUUUUGAAGGUCCUAUACCAUUCAAGCCUAAUGAAACUGCAGGAGAGAAUACUUCCACCACUUCUUUUGAUCCAAUCUUCCCAGUUCUUGGGUACAACCAUUCUGAAAUAAAUAAAGAGAUAGGAUCAGCAGCAAUAUCCGGCGGAUUCUUCUACCGCUCCCAGACUGAUCCCUGCAUGUAUGGAAGUUAUUUGUAUGGGGAUUUGUAUGCAAAGAACAUGUGGGCAGGUGUAGAAACCCCCAAAGACAGUGGCAACUUCACAAAAACAGACAUGGCUUUUGGGUGUGCCCAUGAUUCACCACUCAACUGCACCACUGUCCCCAACACCCACACCCCUCUGCCUGCUUUAGGCUACAUUUUCUCAUUUGCUCAGGACAACAGAAAAGAUGUUUUCAUCUUAACCAGCACCGGCGUUUACAGAGUUGUCAGACCAAGCCGCUGCGGUUACACCUGCCCUAAAGAGAAGGUGGCGGUUGAUAGUCGUCGGCCUCCUUCUCCGGCUCCGGCUCCGGACACCGCCCACCGGGCUUAUUCAAUGGAGCUCAUUCUGUCAUCUUUGCUGCUUUUGCUUGGCUACUUAAUAAUAUUGUUGUAGUGCUUUUGGUUUUGUUUACCUUGUAUAAUUAACAAUGGUGAUGUAACAUAGAUGAGAUGAGUUUUUAUCUAUUAGGGAAAUUACACUAUGAAGCA